AUGGAGAACGAUAUCCAGCUCGCUGAGCUCUCGCCUGCGCAUUCGCGCUCCUCUCGUGCCAGCAGCAGUGUCCACGCUCACGAGAUCCCCGAGCUGCCCCAGCCACCUGCGUACGAUGACUCCGACGACGAUGCUCCCGAGCAAGAGUCGAGGACCAAGUCACCUAUCUACGGCGUGAUCGUGCUGGCGGUCAUCGCUUUCCUUAUGCAGCUGGGUGUCAGCAUGUUCGAAGUCCCUUCGAUUCAGCGCCUGGAGGACCUCAUCUGCCACGAGUACUACGACCACAAGGCUUCUGGAGACCCAAUCCCAGAGGGACAGUGCACCGUGGCGGCUGUUCAGGGUGAGCUGAAUUUCAUCGUGAUGGGAUCCUUGAUCCUAGGAUACGUAGCCGUUGCCAUUCCUUCGGGGAUACUAGCGGAGAAACAGGGAGGAGGAGUCGCCCUACUCGGGUGUGCUGUCGGAAUGCUCUCUUCGCGGGUGUUCUGGACCACGGCGGCCUGGAAUCCGUACAACUGGAGUCUUCGAUAUGUCUGGGUUUCUGCGGCUGGUCGUUUCUUUGGUGGAAGUGAUUCCAUGGCUCAGUCUAUACUCUUUGCCAUGGUUGAAGACAUAGCACCCUUGGACAAGAGAGGAGUCUACUUCGGUAUCCAAAUCUUCGCCAUGCUUCUCGGCGAGACACUCGGCCCUUUCAUCGCCUCAGCAAUGAUGCUGCACUCAAUCUUCACCCCGCUCAUCGCGUCGCCCAGCUUCAUCUUGUUCGGCGCUCUAUUCAUCGGGCUGUUGCGCCAGCAGUGCGAGAAACCAGAGCCGCAAGGCGAGCAAACAGUUGCGGGUCUCAACACGUCCACCCUCUGGUCUCGUUUCUAUGGAAACAUUCGCAGCAUAUGGCGUGGUCUCGGGGCCUGGAGGCUCCGGAAUAUUCUUGCGACAGCAUCGCUUACCAUUCCCGCCGCUAGGGUCAUGAUGAGUAUCGCCCUGCGGUACAUUCACCUGCGCUUCGGCUGGACGAUCACCCAGGCAGGCAUGGCCCUCGGUGUGCGGACAGGGCUCAGCAUCCUAGUGAUGUUCGUCUUCCGCCCGGCCCUGGGUGGCUUCCUCAACAGGAUCAGGGGAGGCUGGAACCGCGAUCUCAUGCUGGCACGCAUCUCGGUCAUGUUCCUGCUCGUUGGCCAAUGCGUCUUCGCUGCUGCGGGUUCCAUGCCUAUGGUGCUUGUCGGUCUCACCAUACUGACCCUUGGCACCGGUGCCCCUUCGCUGUCCCGAGCGAUUGUCAUGCAGAUCACCUUCAGCGGAUCCAUGGACAGCCGCUCCGCCAGCGUGGCCAUGUGGGAGACGUCUGGAUACCUCGUGUACGGCGUAAUACUCGCCGCGGUGAACCAAUUCGGUAUAGAGGCGGGGUUGCAACUUGGAUCGCCUUCGAAGGAGGGCUGGGCGCUGGCUCUGGUGUUCUGGGUCUCGGCUGGAGUGUACAUUCUGCUUGUUGUCAUGCGAUGGUCUGCCUCGCAAGAGUGUUUUCAGUGUGAUGUUAGGGACCUGGAGAGGGUGCCACCACCUGAAGGCCCAAGGGCGUGCGAUAAUGGCGUCUGUGAGGCGCGCGUGUUGGCGGAUGAUAGGGCGUCGAGGGGGGCCCCAGGUCUUGAGGGGGCCACGGUGUCACCUUGA